AUGGCGCUCCCGCUGCCCGGCUACUCGCCCGGCUUCAAGCGGCCGCCCGAGACCCUGCGGCUGCGGAGGAAGCGGCCGCGGAGCGCGGGGCCCGAGGCGGCGGCCGGGGAGCGGAGCGAGCCCGCGGCCCUCCGCGCCGCACUGGCGGCCGGGCUGCCCCUGCGCCCCUUCCCGGCGGCGAGCAGAGGCGGCGGCCCCGCGCCGGCGCGCAGAAACCCCUUCGCCCGCCUGGACAACCGGCCGCCCGCCGCCGCCGCCGAGGGCCCCGACGGCCCGGCCCCAGCCCGCGGCCCGUUUUUAGAGUCUAAUCAAGAAAAGGAUUUGCUCUGGGAAGAGAAGUUGCCUGAAAGUACUGCUACGGGAUUACUCCAGACUUCACAGGUCUCAUUCUCCGAAUCUGAUAUUCUGUCCUCAGAUAGGACUGAAUUACCUGUGGACUGGAGUAUUAAAACUCGACUCCUUUUCACCUCUUCUCAACCCUUUACCUGGGCAGAUCAUUUGAAAGCCCAGGAAGAAGCUCAAGGUCUCAUCCAGCAUUGUAGGGCGACAGAAGUGACUUUGCCUCAAAAAAUACAGGACCCCAGACUCUGCACUGAGCUCCGCUGCGCCUUCCAGCAGAGCCUCACCUAUUGGCUCCAUCCUGCCUUUUCUUGGCUCCCCCUGUUCCCUCGAAUUGGGGCUGAUAGGAAAAUGUCUGGAAAGAUAAGCCCCUGGUCAGAUGAUGAUACUCUGCAGUCCACUUUAAUGAAUGACUGGUCUGUGAGCUUUGCAUCUUUAUAUAAUCUUCUGAAGACUAAACUUUGUCCCUAUUUCUACGUUUGCACCUAUCAAUUUACCAUCCUGUUCCGGGCUGCAGGAUUAGCAGGAACUGAUGUGAUCACAGCUCUCAUAUCUCCUACAACAAGAGGUCUGAGAGAAGCUAUGAAAAAUGAAGGUAUUGAAUUUUGCCUUCCUUUGAUCAAAGAAAGCAGCCGCAAGGAGAAGCAAGCAUCUGGACCAAACUUGGAGCAUGGAGAGGAGCAAGCAGUUAGUGAUGAUGAUGAAGAUGAAAGCUUAUCCUGGCUAGAGGAGAUGGGUGUGCAAGAUAAGAUCAAAAAGCCAGACAUACUCUCUAUCAAACUUCGCAAAGAGAAGCAUGAGGUGCAGAUGGACCACAGGCCUGAGUCUGUUGUGCUGGUGAAAGGAGCGAACACCUUUACAUUGCUCAAUUUUUUGAUCAACUGUAAAAGUUUAAUUGCUACUUCAGGUCCACAGGCAGGACUUCCACCAACCCUCCUGUCUCCGAUAGCCUUCCGUGGUGCCACCAUGCAGGUGCUUAAGGCACGAAGUGUAAAUGUGAAGACACAAGCCCUUUCUGGAUACAGAGAUCAGUACAGUUUGGAGAUAACAGGGCCUGUCAUGCCUCAUUCUCUGCAUUCUAUCACCAUGCUUCUCAAAUCUGCACAGAGUGGGUCAUUCUCUGCAGGACUGUACACACACGAGCCAACUGCUGUAUUCAAUAUCAACCCUCCGGUGGAUCAAGUACCAAAUGCUGAUACUGUUCAUGUGGAACUUGCUAAAUGUGGAUUGCACCCUAAGACUCUGGAUCAACUUUGUCAAAUUCCAGCACUGGGGAAAUCAUCUUUACGGCAUAUGGAAAUGAGCGACUACAUUUAUAGUUGGAGAUCCUGAACACCAAAGUAAGCCUAAAAGGAAUCUUUGAGGGAAAAGUCUUCUAGCAAGGAAGUCCAAGAUUCCUAUACCUUUGGCUUUAAAAUUUUCAUUUUGGAAGCUAAAUGGAACAUAGCAUUCAAGUAUUCAGAUGUUUACAAAGGCUGACUUUCAUUCCAUACACUAAUCAGUGGGGCAGCUUUUAAAGUCAUCUUCCCCCUAUUUUCAGAUUAUGCAGAUAGGGAAGAUGACUAAAACUGAUCUUAAUUUAAAUGGGAAAUCUAGAUGCCUCCAACUAAUUACAUAUAAAGUGAACGGUGGUGCUUCCUAGCAGUAACAGGAUUCCCUCAGCAAUUACAGACUUCUUGGCAAAAUCUACCAGUUUACCUAUACAGGUUGAUGCUUCUACCAUACUUGCUUUCCCACUAUUAUAGUUAUUUGCAAAUAAAUUAGCCUUUUUUUUAAAAAAAAAAAAAAAUGAACUGCAUCUUAAUUUGGAUGAAAGUACUGUUUCCGUGCAGCGUAGUCUUGAGUUGUAAAGUCUGGUUAGUUAUCGUGGCAGAGUAGUACUUAAGUGUUCUUACCAGGUGUGUGUGUGUUUCAAAUUUUCUUUAAUGAAAGUACUUAGAAGUGAAAUGCAUCAGGUAAGAGUAGUGUGUAUAGUGAAAAGAAGUGUGUGUUCACUUCAUAACCCAGAAAAAGAAAACACCACAUUUAUUCCAGAGAAGUUUAUAUUUGGGCCGUAAGCUUUUGAAAAUAAAGUUUAGAGACAUAGCAUCUGAAUACCACUGCAAUACACAUGAAAUAGUCUAUUAGACCCUAAAAAUUAACAUAAACUUAAAACGUUUUCAUUGUCAACAAAAUAGUGGCUGGGUGCCAAUUUUAUUAGAUAAGUUGGUUACAGCAUUUUAAUUAUCAUUUUACAUCUAUCUAGGUGUAGCUGAAAUUCAAAAUGCACAUCAAAGUAAAACUAUUAUAUCACAACUCAAUGCCAUUACUAAAUGUACUUGGCCUCUGCAGUAGAA